GAUGCGUAGGUCCCAGAGCCCCGCACCCACUAUUAACUACCGAACCACGAAGUUUAAAGCAAGGGAGUGGCUGUUUACUGACGUGUAGUGAAACCCUUUACGCGCACAUCUGCGUAUUUUGGAACUUUAAAAGCCUCUCCAGUUAGUAGGCUUCUAGUGAGAUGACAGCUAGGACUUAUAGUGAUAUCUGAUAUGGGUAGCCUAUCUAGAGAGGCUGUUACCGCGACGACUAUGGAGGAUCCGACUCGGAUUGUGACAGAUCAUCCUACUAAAUCGGAUACAGACCCGAGCAUUUCACCCGAUGUGCCUUUGGUGAAGAACAUGGACUAUCAGCACAAGGUGUUCGUCAAUAGGAGUGUAACAUUGGAGAACAUCAAAUGCUAUGGCUUUGACAUGGACUACACUCUGGCAGAGUACAAGUCUCCUGACUACGAGGACCUGGGCUUUGAGCUGCUCAGAGACAGGCUGGUGUCUAUAGGCUAUCCCCAUGAGCUACUGCAUUACACCUACGAUCCUACCUUCCCCACUCGCGGCCUGGUGUUUGACACAAUGUAUGGUAACUUGCUGAAGGUGGACUCCAAUGGAAACAUUCUGCUGUGCAGUCAUGGCUUCACCUUUCUAAAAAGGGACAAGAUCCAAGACUACUACCCCAACAACUUCAUUCAGAAAGGCAACACUGACCGCUUCUAUAUCCUCAAUACUCUCUUCAACCUUUCAGAGACGUAUCUGGAUGGUUGCCUUGUGGACCUCUUCACCAGAUGCAGCAGAUACGUAAACUGCCAGAAAGGCUUCAAACAUGGUGACUUGUUCAUGUCAUUCAGAAGCAUGUUCCAGGAUGUUCGAGAUGCAAUGGACUAUGUUCAUGAUACGGGCAGUCUGAAGGAAAGCACUCUGAGGAAUUUGGAUAAAUAUGUCGUCAGAGAUCCAAACUUGCCUGUUCUCCUGACUCGCAUUAAGGAGGUGGCCAAAGUGUUCCUGGCCACCAACAGUGACUACAACUACACAGAGGCUAUCAUGAAAUACUUGCUUGAAACUCCACCAGGUGCCAAGUACCCAAAGAAACCGUGGCGCGCCUUCUUUGACCUUGUCGUCGUGGAUACCAGGAAGCCAGUGUUCUUUGCCGAGGGAACUGUGCUGAGACAAGUGGACACGAACACAGGGAAGCUUCGUAUCGGAACAUACACUGGAGACAUCCAGCAUGGAACUGUCUACUCUGGAGGCUCCUCAGACAUUGUAUGUGACCUGCUGGAUGUGAAGGGGAAGGACAUUCUCUAUGUAGGGGACCACAUCUUUGGGGACAUCCUGAAGUCUAAGAAGAGGCAAGGUUGGAAGACCUUCCUAGUGGUGCCUGAGCUGGCCAAGGAGCUGCAGGUGUGGACAGAGAAGAACCAUCUCUUUGAAGAGCUGAAGCAUCUUGAUAUAUUUUUAGCUGAGUUGUACAAGCACAUGGACAGUAGCUGUAGAGAGUGCCCAAACAUAACUGCCAUUCAGACCAGGAUGAAGGUGGUGACCUUUAGGAUGGAUCUGUCCUAUGGGCAGAUGGGCAGCCUGCUGCGGAGUGGCUCCAGACAGACUCUGUUUGCCAGCCAGCUCAUGCGUUACGCUGACCUGUACUCUUCCACCUGCAUCAACCUGCUCCACUACCCCUUCAGUUACCUUUUCAGAGCCCCACCUGUCCUGAUGCCCCAUGAGUCCUCGGUGGAUAAUCACCCCCUUGACUUCCCUUCACCUGAGUUCUCUGCUCUGGAUCAUGUUCAGAAGAUAGCUGAAGCCAAGAGGGCAAAUGAAGGUAACACAGCGGAACUGAAAGACACAUGAGGAUGUAUUUGACAAAACAAUUAUUCAGUUUUGACAUGACUAUUCCUCCAGAUCUAAAAAAAAAAAAAAAAACGGUGGCUGUGUGUUUUUUGGUAAGGCAAUUUUCUUUCUGGACAACAAUAUAUGACAUAUAUAGCGCCACCUGCUGGAAUACCGUUUUAUAACUCGUUUUUCAUCAACCACCCCAGCAUUUACCCCAUGUGAUCAGUAUGCCUAGGGUUAGGGUUAGGGAAAAUACAAUUUGGAUAGACACUGAUUCUAGGUUAAUGUAUAUAAGUGAAUAUUUGUCUUAAUAAUAUAUAUAUAUAUAUAUUAUAUAUAUUUUUUUUUUGCUUGUCUAUUUAGCUACAGUACUUUUACAUGUCCUAUAUGCAAUACUGAUUUUGUUCCUUGUGCAAAUGUAUAUUAACUUCAAUGAGCAUGUAAACUGAAACAUGCUCAGGUGACCGUUUCUGAAAAGUCACGUAUUUGUGGUGAAUUAUUAUGCAGGUUGGCUCAUGUAGCCUAUGUUCAAUAAGGAUGUAGCUAGCUCCUCUGUGGUGGACAUGCUUGUGUGGUGGAUAUUACUUGACCAUGGUUAGAUGGAUUUAUAAAAAUUAUUACAUACAGUAUAACAAAUAUUUACUUUUUACUUUUUCUCUUGUUGGCUACUCUUCACAGCAUACCCUAUUUUGUUUUUAGAAUCCUAACCUAGCCUAUGGGGACUCUGUAAUUAGCUGUUUGUCCUAAACAAUCAUAGAUACAAUAAAAGUAUGGAGUCCAAAACAUGUGUCCUUUCUAUAACGGUUAAACAAAAUUACAGCAUUUUAACAUUAAUUGAAGUGUGACAAACAAGGUUCUUGAGGUGUAUGUAUGCUCUCUGCCCAUUGGAUGGCAUCAAAUCGUUAUUCUGUGCAAAACGCUUGCAGCCCACUGCACUGUAUGCAAACCUAUGGGUGGGAUGUAAUUUUUAUAAUCAAAACUUGGAAGACUAUACUGUAGGUUCAUAAUGUGUUUCUUCCACAUUCAAAAUAACAGGGAUUAAAACCCCUUUACCAUCGAAAGCACUGGUCCAUUGAAAUGUGAAGUGAAUAAUAUAACUGAAUUAAUCGAAUAACACAAAUAUUGAAUGUUCAAAUAGGCUACAGUCAUAUUGAGGUGCAAGCGUGUGCUACUGGCCCAAUGGAUGUUUUUUCGUUGCCUCUCGCCAAAUCGUUGAAAAUAUGAAUAACAUCCGAUUACUGCAUUUGCUGUCAAAAUCAUUUUCGUAACGAUUUGCUUUUGGUAACACAGAUUCAUAGGCAGAAUUUAAGCACUUUAGCUAUGUGUCCAUGGGCGUAUGAAAUUUUCUCGUAUAGCCUAAUCUUAAAGUUUUCAGCUGUUUUAAAUUAUUUAUUUCAUCAGCCUUCAAAUGAAGAAAUAAAUAGGCUUAGUUAUAUUUAAUACAUCUCAUAAAUGUAGAAACCUAGGCCUAAUUGGUAUUUUCCGGUUGAAAACAUAUGGUUUAUUCUUCCUAUUUUCACUGCUAAAUGUGGCCCCAAAGAUUGAGGCUGGGUCACGUUCGGGAACACGGGCUCGUCAUGUGUAUCCACUUUGCCCUUGUUCCUCAUUAUUCACGAGCCCUUUCUAUACAAUGGCCAAUCAUUGCAGUUAGCCUUGACUAUAGUGACUAUAGCUACACAAGAUUUAAUUGCAUAUCCUUGCUUUUCAAGACAAAAACAUGACACAACUGUUCAAGGAAAUGUGGCCUUUACAUAGCCUACAAUUUACCAAGUAGAUCUAUAAAUAAAUUAAAUACAAAUGAUUCUUUAACUAUACAAUGAAGACCAAUUUCAAUGAUGAAUCAAAUGAUUUCAAUGUACAGUAUUAACAUUUCAUUAUUGAGACUCAAUCUAGAUAGCGACAAAAUAAAAAAUAAAGUCUGGCAUCUAAAGAAAAGUAAUACCACUAUGACAACAGUUCAUGUUAACCUAAUGAUUAAAUGUUUGCAGUUUUCUUUUUGAUCUUAUUUCGCUCAAAUAAACAUAUAGGCGACCUCAUUUAUUCUAACAGCAGACCAACACAAAACUCUGAUUAAAACCAUACCUUUUAUUUACUCAAAAGCAUACAUUUUAACAUUAUGAAAAAGUUUUUUGUGAAUCAAUCAAAAAACGUGUUUUUUUGUGAAACAAUUGGAGUACAUUGUGUCUCACACAGCCCUGUGAGACCUCUGUAUGACUAGCUAAUUAACUCAUUAACUUAUCCUCUACAGUUAACAGGGUGUAAUGGAGCUUGCCUGAGCCACACACAAGUGGUGCUCCAAAGCACUGACCUGUUGGAUUCAGUGCAGGACGCUCAGUGCUCUACCCAGUCAGAUAUGACUGCAGACACACCACCGUGGCACUGUCCCCCAUUCCACACAUUCCAGGAUUUCCCAGAAAGCAUUGCAAGCAAGCCUCAACAAGUCACAUUCUUCACUCUGGGGAAUUUCGCAUACUCAAGUGGCUGAGAUAGAUCUGCUCCACCUUACUAAUACUGACUUCACUUCAAGAUUAAAUUAAAUCAAUGAUCAACAAAUAUCUUGUCCCUCCCUCAAGCAAACAAAGUCACUUUUUAAUUAAGAUUCUUAAAAAAUUUACAAAGCCUGGGUAAGUACACUACAUGACCAAAAGUAUGUGGACACCUUCUCAUCGAACAUCUCAUUCC